AAGAACAACGUUCCUAUCCGGCUAACUUUCUAGUCGUUUCCUGCGUGUGACCUAAAACGUCCUCCAAGUUAUUCAAUCCACUCCGGAGAUCAUUUCGGCCUAAUAGGGACUUAAAUCAUGGGUUUCGAAAACAAAAUGAUCGCGUACGACGACCCCGACGAGGAGGAGACACCAGAAGAAGAAGAGGAGGAGGAAGAGGAGGAAGAAGACCUGGUGGACCCCCUGGAUACACUACGAGAGAAGUGUGAGCAGACGGAGCACUGCGUGCACUACAAGGAGCGUCUGGAGACGUGCGAGGCCAGGGUGGGCGCCAGGUCCAACACCAAUGAGGAGUGCACCGAGGAGCUGUUUGACUUCCUCCACGCCCGGGACCACUGUGUGGCACACAAGCUGUUCCACAGCGUCAAGUGAACCUUCUGCCUUGUCCAGUCUCCGUUGGUUAUGUCCACUGAUUCGGGGAAGUGGUUUAAAAUGCUAGAGUUGUACAAUACGUUUCAGGGAAAUUGUUUAACUGUCAGUUUAUUUUGAAAACACUUGACUUGAUAUACCAAGUCAUGAUAAAAUAAUUUUAUGAUCAACUUUAGUGCUGUUCCUUAUUCAUGACCCAAGUUCCUGAAACUUUAAAAGGGGUGGUGUUAUGCCACCAGUUGUGAAUGUGAUUCCUUUAAAAGCAGUAUGAAAAUCGGUCUUCUCCUGUGUUUGACAUAAGUCGAGGGUCCGUCUAGCUCAGGGGUGCCCAUUACAUCGAUCAUGAUUGACGGGUAGAUGGUGACAAUUCAAAAUCUAAACAUCCCUUAUCACUUGAUUGAAAAAUUGUAUGUCAGACUCGCUACAUUUAUGCGAUAUCCAGUUAGUGAAGAGGUUGAUUUACUUGCAAAUUACACUUUAUAGCACAAGUUGAUAUUGAACUUAAGUCCAGGGCUCAUGGACAACUUUGGAAAUUACUCAAAGUAUCCAAACAUGAGAAUGUGCUACCUCCUUGACCGCAUUGUUUUGCUCUUAUGCCAGUCAGCCUUUUCCCAGAUAAUGUGCAAAUACCAUUUUUACCAUGACUGGAUCAUUUGAAAACCUGCUUGAAACUAGCUACUAUCAGGCUUUGCAAACCUUUUUGCCAGUUCUUUUGACCACAACUUAAGUCAUUUUACUACAAAAUCAUUAAAAUAACACUUUAUUUCUGCAAAACAUUCUCCAUACAGUUAUAAAUAAAAAUGAAUAU